AUGGAUGCCUUUGAUCAAACGCAGCACAUCGCGCAGCAUAUCGCCAGCAGCAGCAGAGUCGUUGUCGCUCCUCAUUCUCGCGGCGCAAGACUCUUGCUCGAAAACCCCGACGACAGCGAUCUCAUCGACUUCGAGGAAGAUGACGACGUACAACAACUCGAGCCAGUCCCCGAAAUCCUCACCUCCGACGACCUCGAACCCAUCCAAACCCCCUGGUCUCCCCUCGGCGUCGGCGAGCACGAGUUCAGCAACAUGCACACCACCCCCGGCUACUCACCCGAAACCUCCCCGACCCCAUGGACAGGAACAGGAACCUUCCAAUUCUCCUACGACAUCACGCCGUCCUCUACGACCUGGGAGGACUUUAUGCGGGGAUUCUGGCAGCAAGCUUUAGCUCAUGAACUACCUGAGAGGAUUAGUGUGGAGGGUAGGGGGAGGCCGCUCUUGACGGUGUGGAUUAGUGCGAAGGUUGUGGAGGAGGAGAGGGGGCUGUUUGGGGGGAGGAAAAGGAAGGAGAGGGUUGUGGUUUUGGAGAGGGAGGGGUGGAGGGAGGGGGUGAGGAGGGUUUUGGAGGGUGGGGUGAGGGAGGUUUGGGUUAGGUAUUGUUUGAUGGAUGGGGAGGGGAGAGUCGGUGUUGAGGGGAGGGAGAGGGAGAGGGAGGUUGGGAGGAGGCGGUUGGGGCAGGGGGAGGGCGAGGGGUCGAGGGCGAGGGCUAUGUAG